UCUUGCGGGGGCGAUGAUGCCGGCCCAAGAGGAGCCCUCCCCGGGGCACGGGAUGAAGCCCAGCCCCCAGCCUCAGGGGGGCGUCUACUCCCAGCCCGCCGAGGGAUCCGAGGUGCCUGCGGACAAGGAGGUGACUGGGUCCCCGAGCAGAGCCAUGCCCGAACCCCCCGAGGGCGGCUGGGGCUGGGUGGUGAUGCUGGCGGCCAUGUGGUGCAACGGGUCGGUGUUCGGCAUCCAGAACGCGUGCGGGGUGCUUUUCGUCUCCAUGCUGGAGACCUUCGAGUCCAAAGACGACGAGGCGAUGGUGUUCAAGACAGCUUGGGUGAGUUCUCUGUCCAUGGGGAUGAUUUUUUUCUGCUGUCCUAUAGUGAGCGUAUUCACAGAUAUAUUUGGAUGUCGUAAAACAGCUGUUGCUGGGGCUGCUGUAGGGUUCAUUGGACUUAUGUCUAGUUCUUUUGUAAGCUCCAUCGAGCCUCUGUAUCUCACAUAUGGAAUUAUAUUUGCCUGUGGCUGCUCAUUUGCAUACCAGCCAUCGUUGGUCAUUUUGGGACAUUAUUUCAAGAAACGCCUGGGACUGGUGAAUGGCAUCGUCACUGCUGGCAGCAGCAUCUUCACAAUAUUACUCCCUUUACUUUUAAGGGUACUGAUUGAUAAAUUGGGCCUAUUUGAUACACUCAGAGUCCUAUGCAUCUUCAUGUUUGUCCUGUUUCUGGCUGGUUUUACCUACAAACCCAUUCAUCCCAGUGCCAAACAUAAAGAGAGUGGCAAGAAAGGAGAGAAAAAAUUCUUUCUCUUUUCUAGGAGAAAGUUCAGUCCUCCCAGAAAAGUUUUUAAUUUCUCCAUCUUCAAGGUUAAAGGUUAUUCAGUAUGGGCUUUUGGAAUCCCACUUGCACUUUUCGGAUAUUUUGUGCCUUACGUUCACUUGAUGAACCAUAUAAAAGAGAGAUUUGCAGAAGAAUCGAAUAAAGAAGUAGUGCUAAUGUGCAUUGGGAUCACUUCAGGAGUGGGACGACUGCUCUUUGGCAGAAUUGCAGACUUUGUGCCUGGUGUUAAAAAGGUUUACUUACAGGUUAUCUCCUUUUUAUUCAUUGGCCUGAUGUCUAUGAUGAUUCCACUGUGCAAUGUCUUUGGGGCACUCAUAGCUGUCUGCCUCCUCAUGGGUCUCUUUGAUGGAUGCUUUAUUUCUAUCAUGGCUCCCAUCGCCUUUGAGUUGGUUGGUGCCCAGGAUGUCUCCCAAGCCAUAGGAUUUCUGCUUGGAUUCAUGUCUAUACCUAUGACUGUGGGCCCACCCAUUGCAGGUUUACUCCGGGACCACCUAGGUUCUUAUGAUGUGGCCUUCUACCUCGCUGGGGUCCCACCCCUACUGGGAGGAGCUGUGCUUUGCUCAGUCCCAUGGAUCCAUGAAAAAUGGAAACAAAAGGAAAUGAGGAUCAUUGGAGGGGAGAAGCUGGAGAAAAUGUUGGAAAACCAGACCACUCUGCUCCCAAGCUCAUCUGGGAUGAUUAAGAAAGACUCUGAUCCUGUUAUUUAAUUCUCCGAGCUUCUGCCAGACUGGACUUGCUUCCCAAAGUUACAGCAAGUUUUCUUUUUUUAUGAAUUGGAAGGUUUUUUUUAAAUAGCAUUAGAAUGGUAAAAUGAGAUCAUUACCAAGCAAUCGAGAACCCUUUCUUAUCAUUCAAUAGCUUUCUGACAUUUCUGAGACCAAGGGCAGGGACUUUGGUACUAGAAAAUAUGACUUGAAAUCACAUCACACUUGUCUAUGAGAGAAAAAUUUAGGCAUCUCACAGGAAAAUCAAAUUCUGGAAACUGUGACAGGUAUUUAGCAUGUGUAAAGAUUAUAAAAUACCUCAACCUACACUGGAAGGGUUACAGUCUUGAUUAGGACUGAAAAUCUUGCUUGGUCUCUAAACUAUCAUGCUGAUCAGUUCUGGUAUCUCUGUUUUUAACUUCUUUUGCUAUGUUAAAAUUUUUUUUUAAGUAAAGCAAAGAUCUUACUUUCCCAGAAGAUUGACAUUUAAAUUUAAUGCUCUGCUGCUGUUAAAUUAUGAAAUGUGUUCACAGAAUAUCUUGAACUUGUUCCAUUGUGAAUUCUGUUUUUGAGCCAAAUGAGGCCUUUCCUGGGGCAGGAGCUGAAAUGUAUGCACAUUAAAUAUGUGAGACAUCAACAUCUCCAGUGCUGCUUCUUGGAGCAUUGGUACAGAAUUCAGCCAUGUCUUCCAUUUUACAUUGCCUGCUGUGGGCCUAGAGUGUGUUUUAACACUUGAAUAGCCUGUAAUUUGCAGAGUCUAAAAAAACAAACAAACCCCAACCCAAAUUAACUAAAGACUUUGAAUCACAACCCUAAAGUACACUAGAAUGAAUUAGAGAGAACUUGAUAACUUGUAUUUUAAGUUCUUUUACUCUUCUGGGUCUGUUAGAUCCAAAAAGCUUACUUUUUUUUAGAUGCAUGUUACGCAUGCACCAAGCUGCAGUUAUACGCACAAAUAGACAAAAAUCUUGUGUUCAUGUAGACAGUCUCUCCAUUUCCAAUAGAACUAGUUGCUUAAAUUCUUCUCUAUGAAUGUAGUGGUCUGCUGUGACUCCAAAUUAUUUGUGAAACAAUCUUACAUACCCAUAACUUUCUGGAAAAAUUGUAAUCAUAAUUAUUUGUCUAUCUUGGUUCCCUUUCUAUUAACAUUCCUGCUGCUUCUGCCCUAAAAAUAAAAUCCUAAACAAUUUAUCACUUAUUCACAUUAAAAACAAAAACAAAAGCUUUCUGCUCAACUUCAAGAUUAAGUCUAUAUUUUUGUUUAUGUUCAGGUCACUGCAAGUUAAUGUUCAAGAUGUACUUAAAUCCUAACUUUGUAGGCAAAUAAUUUUGCAUAUACACUAGGAUCUUCCUUAGAAGUAGCUUUUGCACACCUGGGGAGAUUGCCUGUAUUUGCCAGAUGCCUUUUUUCCUUUUCCAAGUACUAUUUGGCUCUUUCUUUUUCUAAAUACUUCUCAAAUCUUUUGCCCAUCCUUGGGGAGAGGGAGAGGUUUAGGAAGGGGAAAGUAAGACAGGAUAGAGGGAUCGAGAAGUGUGAAAAUACAUCCAGUUCUCAGUACUUUGGUGCUAGAAAAACAUGGCUAGAAAUCAAAUCAAACAUGUCUAUGAAAGAAGGUAUAUUACUUCCACACCUUGCUUCUGGCUAGGAGAACUAUCUGAAAGAAUGAUAAAUUGUAUGGGUGAUUUGUUAUCUUUUGGGGCAGGGAGGUAUGAUUGUAAGUUGAAGUUUUGUGGAAAAUCUAGUAGCUUUUUUUUUUGCAGUAGUUUACUUGCUUUCUGGCAACUUGAAAAAUGCAAGGUGCACCUAUGAAAUAUGAUAUCUAGUUUUAUUAGGAUUUUAAAUAAUUUAAAGCAUAAUGAUGUUCUCUUAGUUAAGUUUAAACUUUCAUUUCUAUUAUGUAAUUAUUCAGUUACCUAUAUAAUUUGUCUAUGCAAAAUUCUGUUAAACAUCUUGGUUUAUUUUUCUUUUUUCUCUAGGUCUUUAUAUUUCAGUUAAAAACAACCAAUCACAGAUACUUUGAUCAUACUGCCUUCUGAUACUUGCUAUUUCAUAAUUAUGCAUAAUUGCGUGUAAAUCAACAGCCUCUUUAUUCAUGUCCUCUUAGGUUUCUUUGGCAAUAUGAAGUGGUACUUUCUUAUUUAAAAAAUGUUUUUGAGAGGUCUACAGGAACACCCAUGAUCAAGACCAACCAUAAAGGCUGCCAAUAUAAAGCUUAUUUUCAAAUUAUCAUAAUAUUUGAACACAAUCCAAAAAGUUUUAUACCAAGCUAGAGUUUAUUGGUCAGUUUUUACAAAGUAAUCAGAUAUCUUCAAAAUAGAAAAUUCACUCCACAAGAGCUUCAAAACCUUUUAUUAUUUUACAAUUUGGCUGGUUUUAGAGAAAGAAGUAGUUGACUAAAACCCGAAAAAAUGGUCUUUUUUUUUCCAUUUUCCAUAUUAUAAAACAGCUAAAUGACUUAAAUGUUCGUAAUAAAAAAAAAUAAGUUCUCAGCAA